AUGUUGGCGUAUUCGAAUCAAUUUCUGGAAUUAGUAUUCAUCAAUUUGGUACUCGUAUUCUUAGUUCCAACUUUUUGUAUUAUUCUUGAUUCCAAUGAUUGUGAAAAAUCAACACAAUUACGUUUUCCAAAUAUAACUGAUCCCGAAAUAAGAUAUUAUUUGUUUACUAGAGAUAAUAUUUUAGAAGGAACAGAAAUCAAAGAUCAAGACGUUCUGUCUUUACAAAAUUCAAAAUUUAAUAAAGAAUGGCCUACAAGAAUUUUUAUAAAUUCUUGGAAAACAACAGCAAAACAUUGUAAAAUAGCAGUUGUAAGGGACGCGUACUUUGAAAUUGGAGAUUUUAAUUUUAUACUUGUUGAUUGGAGUGAUUAUAAUACUAAAGAGUAUACUUUUGCUGCUGCUAGUGUAAAUGAUGUUGGAAAGUUAGUUGGAAAUUUUACAAAAUUCUUGAAUACGCAUAUGGACGUUUCAUUCGAUGAUAUGUAUUUAAUUGGUCAUGGUUUAGGGGCACAUGUAGCUGGAGCUGUUGGAGAAUCAAUAUUACCAAAUCAAUUUAAUACAAUAUAUGGUUUAGAUCCGACUGGAACUGAUUUUGUUGAAACAUCAACAAAUAAUAGAUUAGACCCAUCUGAUGCAAAAUAUGUUGAAGUUGUAGUUACUGAUAUGUAUUACAAUGGUUUUAGUACAAAUGAAACUUUAGGGCAUGCACAAUUUUAUCCAAAUAAUGGUAGACGUGUUCAACCAUCUUGUCCACAUUAUUUAAUAAGGUCUUUCAGUCCAGGUGAUCAAUUUUGUAGUCAUACUUCUUCAAUUGAUUAUUUUGCAAAUUCUUUAAAUUCAAAAAUAAAAUUUUGUGGUAAACCAACAACUUGGGACGAUAUUUUUUCAAUGCUUCCACCAAUAAAUGAUGGAGUAUGUGAUAUUCUAAUGGGUGGUGAACCAUCAGUACCGAAGUCAGGCUAUUAUUACCUUUUUGUCGGUUAUUCAGAUUUUCUUCCUGCUUAA